AUGCACCGUGCAGCUCUUGCACAGCUUCCACUAUGGGCCACCCUUGUUCAAGCAUUCUUUCCGUACAUCCCAAAUUAUGCGUGCAACAAAUAUCAUGCUUGUGAGGGGCAAGACAAAAGGACCGUGUCGGCGAAUGAGCUCGACCAUGUUCCAGUCAACCGAGAUGCUGAGCCCGCCGAACUGUUGACUUUCAAGCUCUCUCAGAGAUCAUCAUCCGGCACCCAAGAUCCUGCGGCGGCAGCAGCACGACAAGCAGAACUUCUGAGACGAAAGUAUGAGUUUGGUGGGUUCGUGGGGUUCUCGUCACCACCAACGCCCGCCAGCUCCCAGGCACGAGACAAGCGCGACAACAACUUCUCUGUCAUGACCGCAGCAACACCCACCGCGACCAACAGCGUCGGACUCGACCAGGACGGGUCAGACAUCUCGUACUUUAUCGAGGCCAAAAUCGGCUCGGGUGAGGAGUCACUGUACAUGCUGUGCGAUACCGGCGCGGGUACCACUUGGAUCAUGGGCUCGAAUUGCGACUCCACGGCCUGCGGGGAGCAUACGACCUGGGACCCGUCCAGCUCGACGUCGUACAAGUCGACGGGGAAGAGCUUUGAGAUUGCCUAUGGUACUGGAUCGGUCGAGGGCGACCUCGCAGAAGACACACUCUCGGUCGGCUCGGCGAAGGUCACGAUGUCCUUUGGGGUCGCCAACACCACCUCAACCGACUUUGAGCACUUCGCCUUUGACGGCAUCCUAGGCAUGUCGAUGGCCAAUGGGGCUUCGGACAACUUCAUGCAGACCGUGAAGUCGGACGGUGUCCUCUCGUCCAACAUAUUCAGCGUCGAUCUCAACAGGGCCGAGGACGGCACCAACACGGGAGAGCUCACCUUUGGCGGUACAGACUCGAGCAAGUACACGGGCGACAUCACGUAUACGUCGGUGGACAGCUCAGCAGAUGGAGCCUGGGCCAUUCCAGUCGACAACAUGGGCUACAACGGCAACGAGGCGGGGGUAACGGACAUCCUGGCAUAUAUCGACACCGGCACGACAUAUGCAUUUGGCCCCUCUGACGAUGUGGCAGCCCUCCACGCACUGAUCCCGGGUGCGAGCAGCACAGACAACGUGACCUUCACUGCGCCCUGCGACACGACCCUGCCCAUCACCGUCACCUUCUCUGGCGUUAGCCAUACCGUCUCCGUCAAGGACUGGCUGUCGGACCCGUCGGACAAGGACGUCUGCACGAGCAAUUUCUAUGGGCGCGAGGUGAUCACCGGCGCCUUCCUGCUCGGUGAUGUCUUUUUGAAGAACGUAUACACUGUCUUUGACGCGGACGAGUCACGGAUCGGUAUGAAACACCAACCCACACACACACACACACACAUGUAG